ACAGCAUCGAAACCGCAAACAGCUUCCAUCGUAAAACUUUAAGAUACAGUGUAUUGCAUGAAUAUAGCUAACGCGAAAGCUUGCAUGCCAAAGAGACAAACUAUUGCGGCGCCCUACUGCUCCGCAGACCCCUUGGUUGGCCCCGCCGCUGAUCGGACAAAAGAUCUGCUCAAGCCUUACUACGUCCUCAAGCUUCUCGAGCGCAUCGUAAUCGAUACAUGUACCAAUCACGAGUCGACAAGAGCGGCCUUGUCUGCCCGGCGUGAUCACAAUGUCACAGUCUAUGGAGCCCCGUUCAAUGGAUAGUUAUCACACUAUAGAAGAAAUAACAGAGAUGUGGCGCCAGCUCAACAGGGAACGAUCCGAAUGGACUCUUCAACAACAUGAAGAAUGGCAUACGUUCCUGUUCUAUCAGUGUCUUGCCCGGGAUAGACGCUACAAGCGGAAGACACUUUCAGAAUAUCUACCAGACACAUCGUGGAUCUUCCCCGGCCUCUUCAUAGGCUUUUUGGAACUACUGGAUAACUACGAACCGAUUUCGAGGUACGCAGUGUAUUCAAAAGAAUAUAUCUAUGAGUUCAUUUGCCCGGACUGCUCCAUACGCGGAAUCGCAUUGAUCAUGAUGGGGGCUCUCUUUGGUUUGGUAUGCCUCGUGCACUCAUCAGCUGUGCUAUUGUUGGCAAUUUGGAAACACAAACGAUGGUUACCUUUCGCAUUGGCUCUGUUUUGGACGACUGGUUACCUAUUGGAUGAAGUGCAGCAGCUUUACAAAGCUUGGUCAGGAUAGUGCAUUGUUGCAGGUGGACAAGCAUAGGAUCGACCAUGAUUACAAGACUGUAUCCGUC